AUGCCAGGAGCUAGGCUGGACUUAAAGGACCAUUUUGGGCGUACACCGCUGUCGUGGGCCGCACAGAAUGGGCAUGAAGCAGUCGUCAAGCAGUUACUUGACAACGGUGCUGAUAUAGACACAAAGGACAAGUAUAAUCAGACGCCGCUGUCGUGGGCCGCACGGAAUGGGCACGAAGCAGUGGUCAAGCAGUUACUUGACGACGGUGCUGAUAUAGACACAAAGGACAAUUAUAAUCAGACGCCGCUGUUGUGGGCCGCACAGAAUGGGCACGAAGCAGUGGUCAAGCAGUUACUUGACAAGGGCGCUAAUAUAGAAACAAAGGACAAGUACAAUCAGACGCCGCUGUCACAGGCCGCAAGGAACGGGCAUAAAGCAGUGGUCAAGCAGUUACUCGAGAAGGGUGCUAAACCAGUCUUAAAGAACCGCAGAUUUCGGAUACAAAGCAGUGGUCAAGCAGGUACCUAA